AGUCCUAAACACCCAUGAAAAUGAGGUUUUGGUCCUUGGUUUUCUGUCUCUUAUUAUCUCCUCUACUUGGUAGCUCAUCAGCUGAGCAGUGUGGCCAGCAAGCUGGGGGUGCCCUUUGCCCCGGAGGCCUAUGUUGCAGCCAAUAUGGUUGGUGCGGCUCUACCGAAGACUACUGCGGAGAUGGCUGUCAAAGUCAAUGCAACCCCGGUGAUUUAGGCGGAGUCGAAAGUAUUAUAUCAAGAUCAACUUUUGAUCAAAUGCUAAAACAUAGAAACAAUCCUGCUUGCCCUGCCAAAGGCUUUUACACCUACGAUGCUUUUAUCGCAGCGGCCAAAUCUUUUCGUGGUUUUGGCACUACUGGUAGUACCGAUGUUCGUAAAAGAGAGAUCGCUGCUUUCUUUGGUCAAACCUCCCAUGAAACAACCGGAGGGUGGCCAAGUGCACCUGAUGGGCCAUAUGCAUGGGGUUAUUGCUAUCUUAAGGAACGAAACCCAAGCAGUAAAUACUGCGCUCCAAGUUCCAGAUACCCCUGCGCUCCUGGUAAAUCAUAUUAUGGCAGGGGUCCUAUCCAACUUUCCUGGUAAGUAU